CCGUGACGGCUAAAAUCCAGCCUAAAAAAAUACUCAGAUUACACUCUGAAGGAAGCAGUGCGCGACAAGAGAUGAAAUAUAUAUAUAUUAGGGUUUAAGUACAUACGUUAUUCCGAAUGUCACAAACUUCCAGAAAAAACUGGAUUCUUCAGCUUUCCAGUCAGCAGCGCUUGACUGCCGCUUCAGCAGAGCAAGCACUUUGAACGGACCGAAGAGGGACAGAGGAGACGAUCUUGUUUUUUGAACAGGAAAACGCCAAGGUUUGCAACGAUAAUUUCUUACUGGGUUGCUGAGAGUGCGUAACAGCACACCCUCGUGAAUGUGUAGUUUCCGCUUCAGGUUUGGAAAGACAACAGUAAGUUAAAAUACGAGGUAUUUUAUCACUGUAAAAAUUCUAACGGUGAUAAACAGUUUGCUUUACUAGUUUGCUAAGACUGAAAGUGAAAAAGUUACCCACCUGACGGCGAAACUGACUUUUAUGGAGGCACACUUCAGAGGACCAGAGCUGAUCCAGAGACAAAAUGCAGAAAUGGUGAAGCGAAUUUAUCCUGCCACAAGACCACAAGGUUGAUGGAAGUACUAUUUGUUUUAUCAGAAGAGGCAGAAGUGGAUGUGAGAGACAGAGACACACGCAGAGACAGAGAGCUAGAAGGGGCAAAAGACUUCACUUUUAGAGACACAAGUACUGAGAAGUCCAUGCAGUUCGGGACCAGAACUACAAGCGCUGAGCCUGGCUUCAUGGGGACAUGGCAGAACAGUGACAAUAAUCUACUCUUCAGAAUGUCCCAACAGGCCAUCCGCUGCACACUGGUAAACUGCACAUGUGAAUGUUUCCAGCCUGGGAAGAUUAAUCUGCGCACCUGUGACCAGUGUAAACAUGGCUGGGUGGCACAUGCGCUGGACAAGCUCAGCACCCAGCACCUGUACCACCCGACGCAGGUGGAGAUCGUGCAAUCCAACGUGGUGUUUGACAUCAGCAGCCUGAUGCUGUACGGCACGCAGGCAGUGCCUGUGCGGCUCAAGAUCCUGCUGGACCGGCUCUUCAGCGUGCUCAAACAGGAAGAGGUGCUGCACAUCCUGCAUGGCCUGGGCUGGACACUGCGGGACUACGUCCGGGGAUACAUCCUUCAGGAUACUGCAGGCAAGGUGCUGGACCGCUGGGCUAUCAUGUCCCGGGAAGAAGAGAUUAUUACCCUCCAGCAGUUCCUGAGGUUCGGGGAAACCAAAUCCAUUGUGGAGCUGAUGGCAAUUCAAGAAAAAGAAGGUCAGGCCGUGACUGUGCAAUCUUCAAAGGUAGACUCCGAUAUCAGGACUUUCAUCGAAAGCAACAACCGCACCAGGAGCCCUAGUCUCUUGACACACUUGGAAAACAGUAACCCUUCCAGUAUACAUCACUUUGAGAACAUCCCCAACAGCCUGGCCUUUCUCCUUCCCUUCCAGUACAUCAACCCUGCCUCCGCCCCUUUGCUGGGGCUGCCCCCUAACGGCCUUAUGCUGGAACAGCCAGGGCUUAGGCUGCGGGAGCCCAACCUACCGGCCCAGAGCGAGCCCAACGAAAGCAGUGAGUCAGACAUCUCUCUCUCGCCAUACGUCUGCAAUGGCCAGAGCCCCAAUCGCAGUGCCCUGAGCAGCAUCACCAACAUGGUAGAGCCCAAGUCAGAGCCCAGUAGCAUUUCCCCUCUGCCACCUCAGCACUCAUCCGCUAGCAUGAACGACCACAGCCUGGUGAAGACGGAGCAAUCCAAGAGCAUCUCAUCUUCCUUUUCCUCCAAGAUGAACCGAAUGCGCAGGAUGGGUUGCACCUCCCGGAAGGGCCGGGUAUGCUGCAAUGCCUGUGGGAAGACCUUCUAUGACAAAGGUACACUCAAGAUCCAUUACAAUGCUGUCCACCUGAAGAUCAAGCAUCGGUGCACCAUCGAGGGCUGUAACAUGGUCUUCAGCUCCCUGCGCAGUCGCAAUCGCCACAGCGCCAACCCCAACCCCCGGCUGCACAUGCCAAUGCUGAGGAACAACAGGGACAAGGACCUCAUCCGCUCCAACUCUGGGUCUGCAACUUCCGUCAUCUCCAGCACCAAGACUAGCCUGACCCUCACAAGCCCUGGGCGUCCCCCCAUGGGCUUUACCACCCCUCCCCUAGACACAGUCCAUCAGUUGCCACUUCAGAACCCGCUGGUAUUCCCCUCUUUGAAGACAGUGCAGCCAGUUCCUCCAUUCUACAGAAGUCUAAUGACGCCAGGAGAGAUGGUCAGCCCAUCAGUUUCUCUGCCCACCAGCCCUGUAAUGACCACCCCAACCACAACCAACAGUACCACCGCGCUGACGGACCAGCAACAGAAGUCCAACCCCAACCACCUUCCUCUUACCACUGAGACCAUGUCAACAGCACACAAUGCGGCUCUCCCAAGCAGCCAUGACCCUUAUAUUGCUGACCCUAUGCCCAAGAAAAAGCCUAGAAAGUCCAGCAUGCCGGUGAAGAUCGAAAAGGAGGUAAUUGACGUGGCAGAGGAGUUUGACGAGGAGGAUGAGGAGGAAAAUGACAAUGAUGACAGGGCUAUUAACAACCAAGGUUGCCACCAUCAUCACCCUUACCACCUUCAUCAUCAUCCACAUCACCACAACAACAACAUCAACAGCAUCAACAACAACUGUCACCACUCCUCCCAGGAUGAGAUGAGCCCUGGGUUGGCAUUGAAAAGCAUGCUGCGCCAGGACCAGGAGGACCUGAGGAGCACAGGUGGUUCUGAGAUGCGAUGUAUGGACAGCUUCACCUCAGAGGACCAGGACCAUGAGCAGGACUUUGAGAACGAGUCGGAAACCUCAGAAACCAAGAUGUGCUGUGGUGACGAGUCAAUGGAAGUUGAAGAGCAGCAGCCGCAACGUCACCACCACCACCACAACCACCAUCAUCAUCAUCACCACCAGAAUCUGAGCAGCAAAGAGGCUUUGAAGCAGGCACAUCAGGAGCAGGUGGAGGAGGAGGAGAACCAUCCAAGUGAAAAACUGGAGGACAAGCACAACUCCUCCCCUUCCCCACACCAGCCGGUAAUUAAGAUUAAAGAGGAGCUGGCUGACCCCACCUACGACAUGUUCUACAUGAGCCAGUACGGGCUGUACAAUGGGGGAGGAAGUGCUGUGGCAGCUGCGGCUGCUGCUAGCAUGGCAGCCUUGCACGAGACCUUUGUCUCCUCUAUGGGCUAUAGCGGCAGCCCCCAGAAGUUCUCCUCCUCUGAUGGAGACCCCAAGAUCUGCUACGUCUGCAAGAAGAGCUUCAAAAGCUCGUACAGUGUCAAGCUGCACUACAAGAAUGUGCACCUGAAAGAGAUGCAUGUCUGCACGGUGGCUGGCUGCAAUGCUGCCUUCCCGUCGAGAAGAAGCAGAGACAGGCACAGCGCUAACAUCAACCUGCACCGCAAACUGCUGACCAAAGAACUUAAUGAUAUGGGGAUGGACACUCACCACACAGCCCUCCCAAAAGAACUCCGUGAUGAGUUCCUGGCCAAGAUAUAUGGUGCUCACCACAUGGGUUUGGAGGGCAGUGGUGGCCAGGACGAGGCAAGCUCUCCAGCCGGAACCGAAUACUCGCAAACCAACGGCUACUGUGGAGGCCCUGCCGAUGAUUACAUGGUGCUGGACCUCAGCACCGCUUCCAGCAUCCAGUCCAGCAGCAGCAUCCACUCCUCAAGGGAGUCCGACGAGGGCAGCGACGAGGGAAUACUGCUUGACGACACUGAUGAGGACAGCGACUGCGAGGCGCCCUCCCACAAGGCUGAGGGGCUGGCCCAGGAAGUGACGGCUGAAACUGGAGUGGGCAGCAGCCAGGGCCUGCUUGAAUCCUCUUCUCCCACGCUCCACUUGGCUUCCACCAGCAAUGGCGGGAUCAUGUGCAACAUCUGUCACAAAAUGUACAGCAACAAGGGGACGCUGCGGGUGCACUACAAAACCGUACACCUGCGGGAGAUGCACAAGUGCAAAGUGCCCGGCUGCAAUGUGAUGUUCUCUUCAGUGCGCAGCCGCAACCGACACAGCCAGAACCCUAACCUCCACAAAAACGUUCCUUUUGCAUCUGUAGUAGAGUAGCUACCCCAACCCUAAACCCCAUUUCCCUGUACCAGGACCAUCAUUUUACACAAGAUUGGCCUCUUGCACGGAUGGCCUCUUUUGGAACUGGCAAUUUUUAUUAUUAUUUUUUUUUUUUUUAUUAUUAUUAUUUUUUAAUUCAUAAACAAAAUAUAUAUAGAGAAAAAAGAUCUAAGUGCUUUUGCAUUGUGACUAUUUCUGUUGUUUUUUUGUUUGUUUGGUUUUUUUUGUUAGCAUGGGAUGGGUCUCACUGAGCAACAGCCGAUGCCAACUUAAUCCACCACCAUUCCCAUUCAAGACACUCUCUUGCUUUACUCAUCUCCAAAGAAACUGUUUGAAAUAUAUUUGUGACUGUUGCCUGCAGAAAUGAUAAUAAAAAAAAUACCUUCUUGAUGUCUUUGUGUACCAAUAGCUUUUAAAAGAACCUUUAACAAAGCAUGACAGCUUCAUUUGUAAAUACUAUGCCCUGAGAGGCUAUGAUGUAAAACAAUUAUAUUGAUGGUUGUUAGCUUUUAUUUUAUUUUACAGUCCUUCCAGCUAUUAGAUAGACAAGGAAGAGGUAGUUUGCAAAUAGUUUGAUUUAACUAUGCUUGCUUUAAUUUUUUUUUUUUUUUUUUUUUUUUUUUU